AUGAGCAAACAUCAGAAAGACUUCCAGAUCGCUAUCAUUGGCGGCGGUAUCGCAGGAAUUGUCCUCGCGAUCUCGCUUCUCAAAAGAAACAUUCCCUGCAAAAUUUACGAGAGAGCGCAUGCUUUUAGCGACAUUGGUGCCGGGCUGGGAAUAAGUCCCAAUGCACAAGAUGCCAUGAAAGCUUGCGAUCCAAGCGUGCAUAAUGCAUUUAAAAAGGUCGCCAACGGCAACACCUGGGAGUCCAAGAAAAAGUUCUUGUUCGAGUUUCUCGACGGCGUGGAGACAGCGACCACCGACUCCCCUCUGUUCCAUGUCGAGAAUCGUACUGGACUUCAGGGUUGCCACCGGGGCGCCUUUGCAAAUGAACUUAUCAAGCUCUUACCCAGCGAUGUGGUGCAGUUUAACAAAGAACUUCAGAUAAUAGAGGAAGGCAACAGUGGUGGGAUCCGCCUUAUCUUCCAGGAUGGCUCGAGUGAAGCGGCCGAUGCUGUUGUUGGCUGUGACGGCAUCAAAUCCAAACUUCGCGAUAUACUAGUUGGGGCGGACCAUCCAUCAUCGAAGUGCUCAUACACGCACAAAUAUGCUUACAGAGGAAUGAUACCCAUGCCACAAGCAAUUGAGGUGUUGGGUGAGGAGAGAGCUCUCAAUGCUACCAUCUCCGACGACUGGCCAAGUGAAAGACAGCUUGUUCUCCCGGUCACGAAAGAGGAUCUUCUCCAUGAUUUCGAAGGCUUCCGACCGUCUGUGCUGAAAAUACUCGACAAUACUGAGAGGCUUGACCGUUGGGCCAUCUUUGAUCUAGGAGACAAUCCAGUUCCGACUUUUGCCAAAGGCCGAGUAUGUAUCAUUGGGGACGCAGCACAUGCUUCAUCGCCACAUCAUGGUGCGGGAGCAGGAUUAUGUAUCGAAGAUGCUGCUGUCUUGGCAUCUAUACUGGCGCAUGACAGAGUCCGAGUAGGAUUCGAUAUUGAAGCUGCGUUCUCUGCCUUUGACAUAAGUAGACGGGAAAGAUGUCAAUGGGUCGUUGAGAAGUCCAGACGAGCUGGUCAACUAUUUGAACGUCAAACUGAGCUUGGUAGUGAUUUUGGUCGGAUAUUUGAGGAGUUGAAGGAGACGCUACCUACGAUUUGGGAUUACGAUAUUGGUGAAGUAAUCAAGACGGCCUCGAUAGAGUUGGACAAAGCUUGA